UUUCAGAUAAGACUUGUCUUGAUCUAACUAAUGUUACUUCGGGAGUGACACAUUGAUGGAUGGAUAUCUUUUGAAGCGCCAGGCGCACAGGAGACUAAGUUGUGAGUAUUAUAGAAGCCUCAUAGCCUGCUAGGGACUGAGCGAAAGAUGUCGAAGCCGUCGGGCUUUCUGCAGCGGCAGCGCAAUUUCUGGUCGGAGGCGCUAUGGAAGCCAAAGUCGAAACUCUCACUUGAGCAGCUGAAGUACCUGCACUAUGUAUUGACCAAGAAUGCGGUCGUCAACGAGCACAAUCGCGAUCUGCUGGUGGAGACACUGCGCAGCAUGGCCGAGAUCUUGAUCUGGGGCGAUCAGAACGACGCACAUGUCAUGGACUUCUUCUUGGAGAAGAACAUGCUGUCCUUCUUUCUCAAGAUCAUGAAGCAGAAGUUUGGCCGGUUUGUCUGUGUACAGCUGCUACAAACGCUGAACAUCCUCUUUGAGAAUAUGCGCAACGAGACGUCGCUCUAUUACCUGCUGUCGAACAACCACAUCAACGCCAUCAUCGUGCACAAGUUUGAUUUCUCCGAUGAAGAGGUAUUGGCGUACUACAUUUCCUUUCUCAAGACGCUGUCGCUGAAGCUCAACAGACACACCAUUCAUUUCUUCUAUAACGAGCAUUUAUCUGAUUUCCCAUUGUAUGCGGAAGCAAUACAAUUCUUCAACCACUCGGAGAGCAUGGUGCGCAUUGCUGUGCGCACGAUAUCGCUCAAUGUUUACCAGAUUGGUGACGAAUCUGUGCUGGAGUUCAUUUGCAAUCGUUCCGCAGUUCCCUAUUUCUCCAAUUUGGUCUGGUUUAUCGGUAACCACGUCUUGCAGCUGGACGAGUGUGUGUCUACGACUGCUAGUCACUUGCAACGUGGUCGCCUGGAAAGCAUGGUGGCAGAACAACUGGACCUUGUGCACUACCUGAACGACAUUCUGUCGCUGUCCGUCAGUUCGCUCAAUCACCUUCUAGUUUCUCACCUUCUCGAUCGUCUCAUCAUUCCUCUGUAUAUUUAUUCUCUUGAAGAUGGCAGGCGCCUUACUGCUGGCAGUGAGGAGCAGCCACGUAUUGGUAGACUAUUGUCAUUGUUCUUGCUCGCUCAGAAACUUCUCAUCAUCAAGCACGGCCCUCUGGUGUCGUCGCUGGCGGAGUUCAUUGUGCGCGGCGAAACUCGACCACCGUCAAUUCCCGCCGACGGAUCGACACCGAAGAUCACGCGUCACUCUCGCUACCCGUCUCACGGCAGCCUGCGUGCGUUCAUCCCGCCGGCAGAGCCCAUCGGGGUGACGGCGGUCCCGGUGUCGCGCACCUCGUCGGUCAACAGCGUACCGCACGCCGUCAUUACCCCGUCGCCUUCGACCUCCACCCGCGGCUUGCCGUCCAACGGGGCAGCGCCGUCGACGGCGGUGCGCCAAUCUGCGUCCAACUCGAAACUCCAGCCGGGCCGGGAUGAGAACGGCGGCGCAAGGUCGUCCCGCACGUCCUCGCUGGCCUCGUUCACCGACGUGACCGGCAGCGGUGACAUCGCGGAGACCGUCUCCAACGAGCUCAUCCCCAUGGUGUCCGUGCACCGCGGCUCCACGCACGACGACGGCACCGGCAGUAACCAUAGCGACGAAUUCAGCGUGUCCGUCCUGCAGCAGCGCACCAUGUCGGUGGGCAAGUCUCGCUUCUUCUCCGGUAUGACGCCGGAAACCGACCGUCACAAGAUGGCCACCGAGCGUGGCGAGGAGCCGGCGGCAGCGGAACUAACUGUACUCCGUGCGGAAACAACGACGACGGAUGGAGGCGCUCCCUCGUCGUUUACGGUCACCGCUAGCGACAUUGCCUCGUCGAGCACCAACCCACCGCCGCCGGGGAGCGAGUGGAGGGAAGUGGCACUGGAGGCCGAGGCGGAUGCGGAGGGUGUUGCCAUCGCUUCGCCGUCCGCCGACGAGCAUGAGGACGAGAGCGUCACUCAGGCAGCCAGCGAUCUCGAUCUCACCGUGUCCCAGGAGCGGGUCAGUGGUGGCGUUGGUGACGGUGACGACAGUAAUGCUACUACAAGCUCUGAUAGCGGCACUGCAGUCACCCUGAGCAGCUCACGUCCAUCAACGAAGAUAUCACGACUGGACAGCGAGGUGGACAGCGGGGUGUUCAGCGAACAGACGCAACCGGUCGGUACCUCCACGCCCGACGCUGUCACGACGGAGGCUUGCAAUCCGCCGCACCCGCUGCAGAUCGUCGAUGGUAUCGACAGCAAGGCCGAGCCAGACACCGGUGCUGGUGCCGGGGACGACGAGCCAGGUGCCAAGCGUGCUGCGGGCGCAUCGCCGAUGGAUACGCUGACGGUGCAGAGUGACGAGCUUGAGACGCACUGCGAUAUGAGUCCGUACUUGAAAACUGCCUUGUCGUCACUGGCAAUGAGCAACGGUGAUGAUCGUGAAGCGCUGUUCUCUAUCGUCAUGUUCUACGCCAUGCUAAGACACAAAGGAGUGAGCCCGGAAGUGUUUGAGAAUAUCCAAGUCGGUAUCAAUCAGGUUGCGGAGGACGUGCGCAGUGUGCUCGUGGAUCACGUCAUCCAGCUGAUCAAUCAGAUCUGUCAUGAUUGCACGCGGAGUCGCCUGAUCACCUUGCAGGCGGCGCUGGUCGUUCUUCAGCACUUGAUGACAGAAGACCCGCGCGCCCGUGCCUCCUCAGCAGCACUCCUGCCAGGUUUAACGGCCGACCUCACUAGCGCCGUGGUAGCCUCGCACGGCGAGUCCACACCUGCUGAUGCCGCCUGCACCACCGCAGAUGAUGCACUGGUAGCGAAUGCUGGUCGAGACGCACUUGCGGCAUUUGUUGAUACUGAGCCCACUGUUCCCAACACACUGCCCAAGACCAAGGAUUCGACCACCACCUCGGCGGCGUCUCUCAAGCGCGACUCCUCAUCGGCGUUAGGAUCGUCCGCAAGCCCGUGCGCGCCCGAAUCGUCCACUCCCGAGGGCUCUUUGCGAGGUGUAGAUGACACGCCUCGGCCAGACGAGGACGCACCGUCGGUUCUACCGCUGUCGGAUGUGACGUCCGCAUCGGAUGAAACCGACGGUGUGUCGUCUGCGUCCACGACGGCGUCAGGCGUACCAACAGCGACGCCCGUGCCGGCAUCGCAACCAGCGCCGCCACCGCAACCUCACCAAUCACAACAGCAGCAGCAGCAGUCUGCCGUUUUUCACAAGCGCGUGACGGACACGCACAUCGCACACUUGCACGGUGCUUACGAGGACAGUGUGAGGCAGCUGCGUCUUCUCUACAAGGGUGCUGGUGACGAUAUGUUCUUGGACAUGUUUGAGGAUGAAUACUUCAACAUUACCAAGGGUGAACGACUGAACAUUGAGUAUCUGAUGAACGACGCGUCCACCCUACUACCGCCCACUCCCACACCACUGACAGGUAUUCCGUUCUCCAAGCGACUACCCAACGGCGAAGUGGAACGCACACGGAGGGCAAUGCAAGUGUUCUUCUUGUCACGUCAGCUUGUUGUCAAUCUUCUCGGUGAGAAGGAAGACUACCUGCCGCUAAUGCCUACCGAUGGACAGUUGAAGGUUGACGACCGGCCAAACCUCAUGAACACAGAUCUUCUGGCAUGUGAGGUCUACAUGGAUGACACCGAGAAGUCUCUGAAGCGUUUCUUCUUCAUAGGCGACUCGCAGAUGAUUCUAGUGGAGCCGGACAUGACACAGCUCGGCUGGGGUGUUGUCCGCUACGUUGCCAAUCUUGAGGAUAUCGAUGUGGCAACAGAUUCUGGUGACAACAGUCUUCUUCAUGUCACGUUCCACCAGCCCCUGUCCAAGCGGCGUCGCUUCGGACACACGCCCAAACAGGCAGCCCGCCAACCCCUCAACACCUGCCAGUUUGAGUUCAACGAUCACAUACGUUGCACGGCGGCCAAAAAGCGCAUACUCCAGGCCUGUGAGCGUGUCAAGACGGACAAGCAGAACAAAAUCUGCGCGCUGCUCCAAGUACCAAACGCGCAGCGUCUUCGCCGCGAGACUCCCUCGGCCGUUGCCCUGGUCGGCCUGGAUUCAAGCAAUGGGAGUACGCUGUCGCAGGGCUCGUCGGCCGCACCUGUACUCGCCGUUGCCUCCGGCCAGGCGGUCAUGAGUCCAAUGAAUGUCCCGCCGAGCGUCCCAGCCCCACUGGAGAUCGCACCGCUCGUCAUUGACACUGGCAAACCAGCGUCGGCACCCGUAAUGCACUCGCAGGAUGAGUUCGAGGUCGUGUCCAUCGCUGGGCCGGUAGCUACGGAUGAUGACGGCGUCGAGGAGAUGGAGACUACUGAAACGUAGCAUGCACCGGAAGCAAUGGCAUAAUUCAAUCUUGCAGUUGCGUACCGAGAUGUCAACACAGUGAAUGCGUGUAUCUGUAUGCGCUGCUCAGUUACUCGUUAGCAUCUGCAGCCGUGUUGCGGCGCAGAUACUCAUUAGCCUCUGCAGCCAUGGCACAGCUGAGAUACUCGUUAUCAUCUGCAGUCAUAGCACAGCUGAGAUACGCGUUAUCAUCUGCAGCCGUGCUUGGUCAUUCGCUUGAGCCAGCUGGGUGUCUCAGAUCUGACAUCCAUCGCAGUCCAACUAGCCUUGAAUCAGGAUGAGCACGUCUGUCUGUGCGUUUAUGCUUACUGGCUGCAAGUGUUACUGGCUGUAAGUGAAUGCUCAUAUUAUGUGCUUACUGGCUUUGAGCAUGCUCAUAUUAUGCUUACUGGCUUUGAGCUAGUAAUACAGCCCAUCGCUCUGUCUGGAACAACGCAGGCGGGUCCUGGCUGAGGCUCAAACAUGGCGAGUGUGCGCGUGCUGGUGCUCGUGUUGGUGCUCGUGUGUGUGUUUCAAUAUAUGGCACUGCAUGGUGGCGGUGUCGUCAUCGUUGUGAAGUGUGCCGUACUGAGUACUGUGCACGUUUGCAGAGACUUUAGCGGGAAUGGCAUCAGCCAUCCCAUCAGCUUUGUCAGUACUUUGUCCGUGAGGGCACGGAGGUAUCUGUGUGCACGCGUGCCACGUACAUUUAUCGCGCCGUCCUCCGAAUCUCGUCACUCUGCUUUUCAGCUAGUCAUUGUUCAGCUGCGGCUGGCCGUGUGUGUGUGUAAGCGUGUGUGUCUGUCUGUGUACUUUGUUUCACCAGUAUAUUUAUUGUCACAGCUUGCCAAAUAUGGCAUCAUGUUCACAGUAGUUGCAAGUAUAAUACUCUAUUACUAGUAUUAGUCUUUACACAUAGCCGUACGACCUGACCAUAUUCUUUACACAUAGCCGUACGACCUGACCGUGUUCUGUACACACAGUCGUACGACCUGACCGUGUUACUGUCUAGUUUUAGUGGCAGAAGUCGUGCUGUAGCGUCAGUAAACGUGCGUACAAUAUCGAGCGUAUGAGAUCGAGCUAUUUUAUUUCUUUUCCUAGCUGUUGAGCGUGCAUUGCUGUUGGUGCUGCAAGCGUAGAUACGCGCCUCGCUCUCCAGUGUGGGUGUAAAAAGACUUCAAAGAUGCUCUCCUGGAGUCGGGCACGGCUGGUGUGGCUUUUUCUUCAAUCGUCUCAUUCCGCGUCCCUCCCAGGCCUUCUGUUUUCAUCCAUUUGUUGAUUAUUAUGAUAAAUUACUCGCAACACUCGAUUUUCCCGGCUUGUCCUUGCUUGAUCCUAUCUUCCCUGGUUCAAUUGUCUAUUUUACCUAUGAUUUGCUUAAAAGUUGCAAUAGUUGAAGUACUUUUUACUGUAUGUAUUUGUACUUCUGCUGGUCAUGAUGUUGAUGAUGUGUGUUUUACAGUGCCAUGCACCGCCAUGCUGUGUCUAUGUCAUGUUCAUGAUAUGAGAAUACGUGUACUCCUCAA